UGGGUUCAGGUCAGAGCAGCGACAAACUGGAAGUCAAUCGUUUUCUGAAGGGACGUGGUCCUCAGUCUCUAGCUAAACAAGUGAAUGCGUCUUCAUUUGGCUCUCAACCCUUGGGGCAGAUGACGUGGGAGGUCCUCCACCAACACAUGCCCAGUUUUCCUGAUGCCAACACACUGAAGAUCACAUACGUCUUUCCUGAAGGCGUGCAGACUGAGAAACAUCCAAACCCUGGCCGGCCGUAUGCAGAGAGCCGGUUGUCCUCCUACCUGCCUGACAACAAUGAGGGCAACAGUGUCCUGAAGUUACUGGAAAAGGCUUUCAACCAGCAACUGCUCUUCGCUAUUGCUCCCGGUGAAAAUGGAAAAGAUGUCAUCACAACAGCUGCUGUUCCAUUAAAAACCCAACCGGAAGGAGAGGGAAGCAGACCUGAUGGCUACCCUGAUAAGGAAUACCUGAAGAUGCUGAAAAAUGUCCUGAGAAGUAAAGGUGUGAAGUAGAACCCUGGAUUUGGAGGACGCAGGAAGCCCCGCCCUUCUUUUCCACCAACAUGUUAUCUAUUCUACAAACUCUGAAACUAUAUCGCUGUAUUUUAUAAAAGGAUAAAACUGUACAAAUCCAAACCUGGUGAACAGUAAAUGUAAUUAAACCUGUG